AUGACAUUACAGAUUUUGUCAGACGAACGUGAGGCGACUUUCGAGCUUGAUAGCCUGAACAUGCCCGGAGACAAGUGGACAAUGGAAGUAGAGGAUCCAUCGUUGCUUUUCAGCAAUCAUCCUACACACAAAGACACGAUUCUCACAAGGGGUCCACACCGCUUCUCACUCCGGAACAAUUCAUCGGAGAUCACCGCAAUGAGUGCCGACACAGAAAUUCAGCGCCUUGCACAGUUACACAAGGAUACUCGAGGUCAGCGUUCACGC